AAAUUACACACAUUGGAAUGCAUUUUAAAAUUGCCUCUACGUUGCAUUUGGGUUACACAUUUUAAUCAUGACUUGUAAAUGAGUCGGUUUGGGAAUUCUGCCACCUGAAAAUGGGUUUCUUCAGGCUGUUUUGUUGCUUCGGUGGCAGUUUUGUGUGUCAUUUCGUCUGUAAAGUCUGGGACUGCCGGACAUCACCGGGAUGAGAUGCUCUGAUUUACUGGCUGAUCAGGUGGGAAGCUUCAGUGCAGACUUGCUAGUUUGGGACUCUAGCUUUAAAACCUGUAAGCGUAGGAAUUCUCAUAAAUUGCUCACAAGUAACACUGAAGGAGAAAAAAAUAAGGUGUAUUUAUUACAUGUUGCGUCAUCAAGUAGUAGGUUCCUGACAGAUAAUUUCCAUUUUGAUAAGACUUCUGUUUGAAAAUUCACAUAUCUGAUGAUGGGAAGAAUUUGCCACAGACAGCCUUCUGACUUUCUGGUUCAAGCUCAUUUGUCCUCCAUCACCCUCCUUUCCGGUGCUGGACACUGGAAGACCUGUUCACACGGGGCCACCACCCCGACCACAUACUGCUGCGUCCCACCAUCAGCAAUGCGGGAGACUGCUGGGUGCCCACAGCCCCGUGGACAGGGGACACCGGCCAGCUUCUGGACUUCUGACAGCCCGAUGGUGCCCGAAGACCUCUCAUUGGAAGAGAGAGAAGAACUUUUAGACAUUCGUCGAAGAAAAAAGGAACUUAUUGAUGACAUUGAGAGGCUGAAAUAUGAGAUCGCCGAAGUGAUGACUGAGAUCGACAAUCUGACUUCAGUGGAGGAGAGCAAAACUACCCAGAGGAACAAGCAGAUAGCAAUGGGGAGGAAGAAAUUCAACAUGGAUCCCAAAAAGGGAAUUCAGUUUCUAAUAGAGAAUGACCUGCUGCAGAACUCCCCAGAAGACGUAGCCCAGUUCCUGUAUAAAGGAGAAGGCCUAAAUAAGACCGUAAUUGGGGACUAUCUGGGUGAAAGGGACGACUUUAACAUUAAAGUUCUUCAGGCGUUCGUCGAACUCCAUGAGUUUGCGGAUCUGAACCUCGUGCAAGCCUUACGGCAGUUCCUGUGGAGCUUUCGGCUCCCGGGGGAGGCGCAGAAGAUCGACCGCAUGAUGGAGGCGUUCGCGUCCCGCUACUGCCUGUGCAACCCCGGCGUCUUCCAGUCCACAGACACCUGCUACGUGCUGUCGUUCGCCAUCAUCAUGCUCAACACCAGCCUUCACAACCACAACGUGCGGGACAAGCCCACGGCCGAGCGCUUCGUCACCAUGAACCGCGGCGUCAACGAGGGGGGGGACCUCCCGGAGGAGCUGCUGCGGAACUUGUACGAGAGCAUCAAGAACGAGCCGUUCAAGAUCCCCGAGGACGAUGGCAACGACCUGACGCACACGUUCUUCAACCCCGACCGCGAGGGCUGGCUCCUGAAGCUGGGAGGCCGGGUGAAGACCUGGAAGCGGCGCUGGUUCAUCCUCACCGACAACUGCCUCUACUACUUCGAGUACACGACGGACAAGGAGCCCCGGGGGAUCAUCCCCCUGGAAAACCUCAGCAUCAGGGAGGUGGAGGACCCGCGAAAACCGAACUGCUUCGAGCUGUACAACCCGAGCCAUAAGGGCCAGGUCAUCAAGGCCUGUAAGACGGAGGCCGACGGCCGGGUGGUGGAGGGGAACCACGUGGUUUACCGCAUCUCCGCGCCGAGCCCCGAGGAGAAGGAGGAGUGGAUGAAGUCCAUCAGAGCGAGUAUCAGCAGGGACCCUUUCUACGACAUGCUGGCCACGAGGAAGAGGAGGAUUGCCAAUAAGAAAUAGAUCUCUCCCGGCCUCAACAGGUGAAAGUAGAAACCAAAACCCCACAGCAGAAAGUGACUGGGAGCCUCCCCGACACCCUGGGCCCCGCCUCGCGCUCCCGCCACCUCCGCAGAGGAGGCAGCGCCUGCACCGCGUGGGCCGCUUCGCGGGAGCGCCGCUCUGGGGUCGCUCUGGGGUCGCCGAGGUCCAGACGCCCUCCUCCCGGCCCCGGCCCGCGGGGGCACCUGCUGCUUCCGUCAAGGGAGCCUUGUGCCGGUCAUGCCGCACGCGCUCGCCCAUGGCUGCGUUCACCAUUCUAGAAGCCGCUGUUUUCUAUCAGAACAAGAAAGGAAAAGCUACCACUUUUUUAUUCAGAAUUUUUUCUCAGAUAUAUAGGAUUAUAGCUUUUAUAUGCCUUUUUAUAUUCUGAAAUUAUAACGGAAGAUACUUUCUAACAGUAGUAUUUUUAGAAUGGCAGCUAUAAAUGUAACUCCUGGACACAAGUAUAUCCUGUGCACUGAAGGAAACUUCCGUCUAUACGACAUGCACAGCACCGAAUCGGGGCGGCGGGCGGCGCUGGCCCGGGGGGCGGGUGUGCGGGCUGCUCUGCGGCCGCCCCGUCCCUGCCGGCGGAGUCCCGCGCGUCCCAGGGCAGGAGCUGGGCUCCAGGAAGCCGGUUUCCCUGGGACUCCUCUUCAGCUCAGACUUUGUGGCCCCACAGCGAACUUUCUAAGAAGGCAGAUCGUUGAGAUAGAAGUGACGGUUCUCUUGUAACUGCAGUCCCGGCACCAUCUGUGUGUUGAGCCCCAUGGAAUGGCUGCUGUUUGCCUGUUGGGACCCCUGCCAGCAGUUCCAUGUGGUUCAACGGAACCGUGGUGCCGACGAGCUUCCGACCCGGCUUCGCUACUUAAAACUUGUUGGCAAAACAAAUGCUUUUUUUUACUGACCUAAUGAUGAUAAUUUGACCUGAUCUCUUGCUGUAACGCAUAGACAGCUAGACCGAAUCUCAUUCCAUGUCUUCAAAGACUUACUCUCUCGCCACGAGCAGGGAGCGCACGUGCUGUGGGGUGAAGGCGCGGGGCACUUAGGGUUUCCUGUAAAUAGUGUCAAACCCCAAGUACACGCUGGUGGUGGAACUUGAGAAGAUCCACCAUCAGGCGGUUGUCGGGUUACUGUUGGUCUCGUAGUAGGUGCUCAGGACGUCGGCUGGAGGGAGGAUGGAUCUGAGAGCAGGUUGGGGCUGCCGCGGGCCGAGGCUGGGGCGCUGUGUGCAGGGAGACCGCCUCUGGUUCUCCAGGAUGGAGCCGUCACCCACCCGGCUGUCCCAGCGGCGGUCCCUGCCCUGCUGCGAGGGCACGCCCUGCAUCUGCGGCCUUUAGAGGUCCCGAACUGCCCCGUGCACGAUGAAAGUCCCAGAAAGCAGACCUCAGACCGUCGGCACCUGUGUGAAGAUCUGACAUACGAGUACCUGUCCCUGGGAGUCGCCUUGGUGCUGGAAGUGACCGGCCGUGGGCCCUGGCCUCGGCACCGCUGACCUUGACGUAGCUUUAAGUCACGCUAGAUGCAAAGGGGUCUGAGCCUAGGACUCCGACCUGCAUCAAACUGAUUUUUUGUUUCAUUCCCAAGCUUUUAGGCUUUGUUACUGUACUGAUACCUCAAAUUCAAAACUUUAGUUUCUGAGAAAGGCAAGUCGGCAUUCUCGAAAUGCGCGGCUGGUAAAUAUGCAACUCUGGCCUCCAGUCUUCCACGAGCAGAGGCGCCCGGAGCCCGCAACCAGGACCGCGGAGGAGCGCUCGGGUCUCGCGCAGGGGAGACUGCCCCUCUGCCUGUCCGCCCCAGGUAGGCCCCUGGGGGACAGGGCUGUCUGUCUGGGUUUGGCCUCAGCGGGGUUGGGAGAAGCGAGCGUAAGGAGAGCCCCAUACGAAGGGUUUCUCUGGGCGCCUGCGAGGGCGCGUCUGGGCUGUGUCCCCAGGAGCGAGGCGGAGGCCACGGUGCUUACUCUGUAACCUGCCAUCCGCGCGACACGAGAUCCUCUGAUUCCGGGUUUUGUUGUGACAGUAUUAACACGACGGGCCUACGCGCCGUCACCCCCACUCCACCCUCAGGCCCGCCGCCCCCCAACGGGGCAGUGUUCCUCCUCCUCCCCACCCCCCACGUCCGCACGCAGUGCUUGAAUUCAGCCCCAACUCUGGCCAAAGACGAGCUUUCCUCCAGAGGCCAAGGGCGGGAGGGGGUGGAGGGCGUGCGCUGGGCCGAGGACCACGGCCCUGCCGGCCUCGGUUAACACUGGAGGUCUCAUUGACCCUGGACCCAGGGGAGCGACAGUGUCUUCAGGAUCACGGAGCAACUUUCAACAGUUUAAUGUGGUACCAAACUGAAUCAAAAUAGGAGCUAUUUAUAGAUGAAGCAGCAUUUAAUGCUUCAUAUAAAGCAAUGCAUAUUUUUAAAAGUUAAAAUGCAUAUUAUCUACAUAGAUGUGCUUUGCGGAAAGUUAGGUCUGUUGUAGACCCGAAACCACAAGUCGUGAUUUCACAUUUUCUUAUUUUUUCUUAGACAUUUCUAUUUACAGUAAAUAUAGUUAAUAUGUAAAUAAUGUACAAAGAGAUUUCUGGAGUGUUUGUUAUUCAAUGUAUAUACUCCCACAAGUUGCAUGAAGAAAAAAACCCUAUCUAUUAUCGAUAUCUGGUUGUAAAAUGAAUAGCAAAAUUGGAAGUUGUAUGGCUCUCAAAUUGCAAAUACUGUGUUCACAAAAUAAAAAAAAUGCAUUGUUCAAACAA